AGAGAGAUGGCUUAAUGUUGUUUGUGAUUCUCUUCUUUCACAUUCUUACAUAUAUUAUUACCUGACUCAAAAACUUUAAAAAGCAAGAAAAUUUGCGUUAGUAGUAGAAGAAUUUCUUUCUUGGCUCUACUUAUUAUCAAGUGACUUGAUCUAUAUAUCUCUUUCUCUUUGUCUCUCCCUCUAUAUAUCUAUGGAUUCUGGAGCAAGAAGAAGCCAAAAUAGUAACAGAAGAGUUCCUUCAAUGAGAAUAGAAGGGGACGAAGAGUUUCAAGAAGAAGAUGUGUGGUCAGUUUUAAGAGAAGGAGAAACUUCAGGUCCUGAUAUGAGAAUACCCAAAAGUUAUUUCUCUUCCUCAUCUUCUUCUACUUCCUCUUCAUCUUCACCAUGGAACAUUCAUAGAAGCAAGGAGGUCUCAGGGGAAAAACAGUCAUCUGCACCUAUGAAUGUUCCUGAUUGGUCCAAGGUUUAUGGUAACACAAAGAGCAACAGAAGGAGCAGCCAUAUGCAUUCUAAUGAUGAUGGCGACGAUGAUGAUGAUGGUUGCAUGGUUCCUCCACAUGAAUGGGUUGCAAGAAAGCUAGCAAGAAGACAGAUCUCAUCCUUCUCUAUGUGUGAAGGAGUUGGAAGAACGCUUAAAGGAAGAGAUCUAAGCAAAAUGAGAAAUGCUGUUUUGACAAAAACUGGAUUCUUGGAGUAAGUAGAAUAAAAUAUCUCAUCAUCAUUAUCAUUACCAUCAUCCAUGUGCAUGGAGCAUGAAUCCCAUAACUCUUGUUAAACAUUAUCAUCAUGAAAAACUCAACUUUAUGGUAUCCACAUCAUCAUCAUUAUCAAUGUCAUUGUCGUCAUCAUCAUGUGGGGAUCACUAUACCAAGAGUCUUUUGUUAAGCUUUUUUAUUAUUAUUGUUAUUAUUUUCAAUGUGUUUAUUAGAGUAGAUAAGUAUCAUAGUGAUGAUGAUGACUUGUCAGCCCCAUGCAUUGGGGCCCAUUUUAUUUUCUUCUGUUGUUAUUUUUUGGUUUCUCUAUGAAGUUUUUGUGAUCUUAAAUUAGAGCGUAGCUAGAGAGGGCAUAUCCAUUAGGACCUUUAAUUGGAGCCUCUUUGAGUUCUUCACCAUUUUUGGUGCAAGUUGUUUGUCUUUUCCUACGAAUGUUUUCUAUUAAAUAUGUCUUUUUAGCUAACAUUAAGUUGUUUGAGGUAUGUGUGUGUGUUUAAGCCAAAAAAAAAAAAAAAAGGUAUGUGUGUGUAUCUUCUGAUAAAAUCGUAACAUUAAGUGUGUAACUUUUGAUAAUUUAUGUUUCUGACAAAUUUACUAUCGAAUAAAUCAUUCAUUAGGUCCAAAUUGAGGACUACACCGUUUUCAUGGAAUCCUAA